AUGAGUCGCAAAGAGAGCCCGAAACGGCGGAAGAUCGACUCGGAUCGGUUCACGCCGUCGUCGCCCAAGAGCUUUACCGGUCCUGGCCCCAGACAUAUAUUCAAGCGACGCGAUAGACCUGCUGCCAGAGACGAGGACGGCCAGACAGGGUCCAGCAGAGAUCGCAAUGGCUCAUCGACGCCUCGCCAGCAUGAAUUCGACGGCCCUGAAGCGUUCGUGAACGACGAUGAUGCUAUGGCGCUGGACCGCGAUUGGUACAUGGGAGACGAGUCCGGCCAUACGUUUGGAGACGAGACGCAUAAUCCCUUUGGCGGACCGGAAGCUGCAUGGGCAGAUCAGAUGCGCGAGGCAGCACUGUCAGAAAAGAAGAACAGUCGGCGUUUCAAUGCUCGUGCCGUACAGAAGCAAAAGGACGUGGAUGCGUGGGAGACGAAUCGCAUGCUGACUUCGGGCGUUGCUCAGAGGAGGGACUACGAUGCUGAUUUUGAAGACGAUGACGACUCGACAAGAGUGCAUUUACUUGUUCAUGACCUUCGUCCUCCCUUCCUGGACGGCCGUACGGUCUUCACGAAACAGCUGGAGCCUGUUCCGGCCGUACGAGAUCCUCAGAGUGAUAUGGCUGUGUUUAGUCGGAAGGGAAGCAAGGUCGUUCAGGAAAGAAGACAGCGGAAAGAGCGUCAGAAACAAGCUCAGGAUGCGACGAAUGCGGCCGGAACUACGCUGGGAAAUAUUAUGGGUGUCAAGGAAGAUGAGGGUGACAGUGCUGCUGCAAUUCCUGGAGAGGAAGACCAAAAGGCCGGCAGUGGCAGCAAGUUUGCUUCUCAUUUGAAAAAGUCAGAAGGAUCCAGUGCGUUUAGCAAAAGCAAGACUCUACGCGAGCAGAGGGAAUAUCUCCCUGCGUUCGCCGUCAGAGAGGAACUACUCCGAGUGAUUAGAGAUAACCAGGUUGUCAUUGUGGUUGGACAGACUGGUUCCGGAAAGACUACUCAGUUGACCCAGUUUCUCCAUGAGGAUGGGUACGGCCAGCUUGGCUUGAUCGGAUGUACGCAGCCCCGUCGUGUGGCGGCAAUGAGUGUUGCCAAACGAGUCAGCGAAGAAAUGGAGGUCAAACUUGGAGGGCUCGUGGGUUACGCUAUCCGUUUCGAGGAUUGUACAAGCAGCGAAACGGUGAUUAAAUAUAUGACUGACGGAGUGCUACUCCGAGAGUCCUUGGUACAGCCUGAUCUCGAUAAGUACUCUUGUAUUAUCAUGGACGAGGCUCACGAGAGAGCACUGAACACAGACGUCUUGAUGGGCUUGAUCAAGAAAGUCCUUGCCCGGAGAAGAGACCUAAAACUCAUUGUGACAUCCGCCACCAUGAACUCAGACAGAUUCUCAAAAUUCUACGGGGGAGCGCCCGAGUUUAUUAUUCCCGGACGUACAUUCCCGGUUGACAUACAAUAUUCUCGUUCUCCAUGUGAAGAUUACGUCGACAGCGCCGUCAAACAGGUGCUUGCUAUUCAUGUCUCACAAGGUGCAGGAGAUAUCCUUGUUUUCAUGACCGGCCAGGAAGAUAUCGAGGCUACCUGCGAACUAAUUCACGAGAGGCUGGCUCUUCUAAACGAUCCUCCAAAGAUCAGUGUGCUACCAAUAUACAGUCAGAUGCCGGCGGAUCUACAAGCAAAAAUCUUCGACAAGGCUGCUCCAGGCGUUAGGAAAGUCAUCGUUGCUACUAACAUUGCGGAAACCAGUUUAACUGUUGACGGAAUCAUGUAUGUGGUCGACGCUGGGUAUUCUAAAUUGAAGGUGUAUAACCCGCGAAUGGGCAUGGACACUCUCCAAAUCACGCCCAUCUCUCAGGCUAAUGCAUCCCAACGAGCCGGUCGAGCCGGUCGAACUGGGCCCGGAAAGGCUUAUCAUCUGUAUACCGAACUUGCGUUCAAGGACGAGUUCUAUAUACAAACGAUCCCAGAAAUUCAACGAACAAACCUUGCCAAUACGGUUCUCCUGCUUAAAUCUCUAGGAGUUAAAGACCUGCUUGAUUUCGAUUUUAUGGAUCCACCACCACAAGACACCAUUACAACCUCGCUCUUUGACCUCUGGGCUCUUGGAGCAGUCGAUAACUUGGGCGAUUUAACCGCCAUCGGCCGGAGAAUGAGUGCAUUCCCCAUGGAUCCAUCCCUCGCAAAGCUUCUAAUCACCUCAUCGGAACUAUACGGCUGUAGUGAAGAAAUGCUCACUAUAGUGUCCAUGCUUUCUGUCCCCAGCGUAUUCUACCGUCCCAAGGAACGUCAAGAAGAAUCCGACACAGCGCGUGAAAAGUUCUUCGUUCCUGAAUCUGACCAUCUAACUCUUCUCCACGUCUAUACCCAGUGGAAAGCAAAUGGAUAUUCAGAUGGAUGGUGUGUACGACACUUCCUCCAUCCCAAGGCCCUUCGAAGAGCCAAGGAGAUUCGCGAACAGUUGAAUGAUAUUAUGAAAAUGCAAAAGAUGCAGUUGGCCGGUCGAGUCAAGGGUAUUGGCGAUUCCUUAUACGGUCUUGGCUUUUUGCCCGACUAUGUCGUAUACCAUGAAUUGAUCUUGACAAGCAAGGAAUACAUGUCUACAGUCACUGCCGUUGAUCCCCAUUGGCUUGCCGAUCUUGGUGGUGUUUUCUAUUCAAUCAAGGAAAAAGGCUAUUCCGCGCGCGAACGACGCAUCACAGAACGCGAAUUCAACCGUAAAAUGGAAAUCGAAACACAAAUGGCUGCCGACCGUGACAGGGCCGCCGAACUUGCAGCCCGUGAAGCAGAGAAGGAAUCAGUUAAAAGGAGGCAGGAAGUUCAGGCCGCGGUUCGAAAGCCAUCUUCUACGUCAGUCGUAAGGAAGACCACAAGUGGUGCGGUCACUAGCGGUAGUGUGGUUAGGAGACCACCGUCAAAGAGGGUUGGAAGAGGAUUCUGA